UCUGCACGUCCCAUGUCCCGUUCCGUGUUCGUUGGAUGCCACUUUUUUUUUCCUUCUUCUCGACUCGCCAAUUGGCAAAACCCCUCUAACCCUCUUCCUUGAUCUCAUCAAGCUGCCAUUGCUCGCAUCAUCUAGAAAAAGAUUGCGAAUUGUGAUCAAACUAGCCGCUUUCGGAGAUCAGGCCGGCGCCAUUGCCGCUUAGCUGCUACUCUUGUGAUCGAGGAUUUCUUUUGGGGUCCAAGAUGAACGACCUCUUCUCGUCGGGGUCGUUCAAGAAGUACGCCGACCUGAAGCACCAGGUGGUGCUCGACGACAUGGAGUCCGGCGGCGGCGGCGGCGGUGAGGGUGAGGGUGCUAACCUGGACGGGUUCUUCGAGGACGUGGAGGGCGUCAGGGAGGAGAUGCGCGCGCUGGAGGCGCUGCACCGGCGGCUGCAGGCGGCGCACGAGGAGAGCAAGACGGCGCACGACGCCGGCGCCGUGAAGUCGCUCCGCGCCCGCAUGGACGCCGACGUCGAGCAGGUGCUCCGCCGCGCCAGGGCCGUGCGGGCCGGGCUCCAGGCCCUCGACCGCGCCAACGCCGCCAGCCGCAAGCUCCCCGGCCGCGGCCCGGGCUCCUCCACCGACCGCACCCGCUCCUCCGUCGUCUCCGGCCUCGGCGCCAAGCUCAAGGACCUCAUGGACGAUUUCCAGGGGCUGAGGAGCCGGAUGGCGGAGGAGUACAAGGAGACGGUGGCGCGGCGGUACUACACGGUGACGGGGGAGAGCGCCGACGAGGCGACGGUGGAGGCGCUCAUCUCGUCGGGGGAGAGCGAGACGUUCCUGCAGAGGGCGAUCCAGGAGCAAGGGCGCGGCGCGGUGCUCGACGCCGUCGCGGAGAUCCAGGAGCGGCGCGACGCCGUGAGGGAGAUCGAGCGGGGACUCCUCGACCUGCACCGGGUGUUCCUCGACAUGGCGGCGCUCGUCGAGGCCCAGGGCCAGCAGCUCAACGACAUCGAGAGCCACGUCGCGCGCGCCAGCUCCUUCGUCCGCCGCGGCGCCGUCGAGCUGGAGACGGCGAGGGAGUACCAGAGGGGCGGCCGCAAGUGGGCCUGCGCCGCGGUGAUCGCCGGCGCCGUGCUCGUCGCCGUCGUCGUGCUGCCCAUCCUCGUCAACCUCCACCUCUUGACCGCCAGAUAGAUAGAGACUACUACUAGCAGCACUGCUCCAUUUCUCUCCAUGUCCGAUCCAUCUCCGUGUAUUGUUUAGUGUCUCAAAUUGAUUGAUUAAUUGUAAUUAUGAUUGAUUCACGAAUUGUUUGCAAGAUCACAUCGCCUUGCUGAAGUUCAUUCAGGUCGUGCUUGUGAGCUGUGACCUGAUUUUUUUAUUUUUUGCAUGAAUGCAUCAUUAAACUGAACAAUGUUCAGAUUUUUGUAAAGCAUUAGAACGACGCACGUCACACCUGAUAUGUUAAGCAUUGAAAUGUUU